CCCUCAUUGGAUGUAUUAACCAGGUCUCCUCUAGACUUCAUUGUAAUUUUAGUUUCUAAUGAGACUAACACCCCUGUAAGGCUCAAAUUCUGAGCAAUAGACUAUACGAUGACAUUGUUGGUCAUUAAUUAAUUAAUUUUCAUUCCAUCAACUUGCCAUUAGUUCAUGAGGCCUACUGAAUUUCAUUUGACAAACUUGGAAGCACCUGUGACAUGAGGAAGAGAAACUCCCUCACCCCACCUGUUUUACCAGCCCCACCCUGAGCCCAUGUUGCCUCAGUUUUUAAGCAGCAUGUGACUCAUGUGAACUGGCAUUUCAGUCUUGCCAUCCACGGGUGUCUUUGCUUUAAUUUAAAAGACUUACUACCAUUAUUUCUAGUUCUGUAGCCUAUUCAAACAGGGAACCUUGCGGCUGUCCAUACAUCUAGGUCUGACUUCCAAGAAAUCUAGCUCAGCCUUCUUCGUUCCACCCAGCACCAUAUGGCAUCAGCCUGGUCUGAAGAGGAGACCUUUGUCUGCUCAGUAUGCCUGGAUACGCUGAAGGACCCGGCCACUCUACCCUGCGGACAUUCAUACUGCUUGGCUUGUAUCCAGAGUCACUGGGACAAGAGAGACCGCAAGGGUCAGUACAGCUGCCCCCAGUGUAGGCAGGUCUUUAACCCUCGACCCUCACUGGCCAAGAGCACUGUGCUAGUGCAGGCUAUGGAGAAACUGAGAACCAACAGCCUCAAGCAAAGCCUCUCCACAGCUGUCUCCUCUGCACCACCAUCGAUACCUACAUACCUGGAGGUCCUACCAGAUAGAGGUCCACGCCAGGGCAGCUUGUACCCGCAGCUUCCAACAAUGGACCCGAGACUUUGCCCUCAACACAACCGACCCCUGGACCUGUUUUGCCAUGAAGACAAAGAGAGCGUGUGUGAGGUCUGUUGUCAAGAAGGACACCAUGGACAUCGUGUGCUCAAACCACAGGAGGAGAGGAAGGAGAGACAGAAAGAGUUUGUUCAGAUGCAGAUAGACAUACAGAAGAGAAUCCAGGAGACUGACAAGAAGCUUAAAGAAGUCCCAAGUGUUGCUCGCCAACACAAGGCCUUGGUACAGGCUGUAGAGCAUGAGAGCACCGAUGUAUUCUCGGACCUUGUCAAGAAUGUGAAUCAAACAGGCAUCCAGGUUAGUGAGCUCCUCAGCAACCAUGAGACCUCCUUAGGCAGCCAGGUUGAGGGGCAGAUCCACAGACUGGAGCAGGAGGUGGCACAGCUGCACUGGAAGAAUGAAGAGCUGAACAGGCUGGCUAACAUGCAGGACGACGUUUGUUUUUUGAAGAAUUUCCUCAGCAUGGAGCCGCUGGAUCAGAUGGGUGCCACAGAAGAGUCAAUACUGAGUCAGGAGGAAGCAGUGCUAGCCUCUGUCCGCUCAGCAGUGAAAGAACUACAAGACUCGAUUCAGGACCUCUGCAAAGCCAGCCUGGCCAAGAUCGUCACAUUAGUGAAUCAUGAUGCUGUAGCUUCAACACACAACGCUGCAACUGUACCAGCAGGCACUACAGGAACUUAUAACAGUGGUCAGGCCACUGUACAAAACACAGUGUAUGAGAUGACAGACCCUCUACCACCUUUACAGCCUCAAGCUUCAGCCCCCGCUCAACCCUCCCCAUCUCCUCAACCUGAAGCACCUCCUGUAACCACAGUGGGACUUAAUCCGGAACCAAAGACAAGAGGAGAAUUGCUCAAAUUUCGCUUUGAACCCACCAUGGACCCCAACACUGCGUAUCGCCAUGUGCAGCUGUCAGAUGGAGAUCAUAAGGCCACGAUGCGGGCUGAGAACCUGAACCCACCAGACCAUCCUGAACGCUUCCACUUCUGGAGACAGCUUCUCUGCAGAGAGCCCCUGGCAGGGAGCCCAUACUACUGGGAGGUGGAGUGGACUGGCCAGAAGAUCACCAUUGGCGUGGCCUACAGGGAGAUGGAACGUAAAAGUUCUGAUGAUAAAAGCCGUUUGGGCCACAAUGCUCUGUCCUGGAGUUUGUACUGGUCUGGAACCGGCUUCUCCUUCUGGCACAAUGGCCAAGAAAAACUACUGGGCUCCUCUAAGGCUCGACGGAUUGGCGUCUAUCUGGACCAGCAUGCAGGGAUUCUGGCUUUUUACCGCGUCACCAGUAACCAGGCGAAUCUCAUCUACUGUCACCAGACCCAGUUCACUGGCCCACUGUACCCAGGGAUCAGGUUUUGGGAACGUGUAGGGUCCACAGUGACUGUUUGCAAAUUGGACUGAUGGGCUGUUGUGUUUAUUUAUUUUUUUUAUAUAUAACCUGCUUAUCUGGUUAGAAGCAUGUGACACAUUGAAAUAGUAAGGAAGCACGUGUGUUUAGCCCUGGGGAUCGUUCUAAUGAGGAAACAAAUGUUAUAGUAUUUGUAAGUAAUAAAAGAGCAGUAAACACACAAACGUCAUAUUUUUUCAUAUGCUUUAACAUUACUGUUAACAUCUCUUAAAGUGUUGAAGUAUUCUGUGGAAAUUUUGACUUGAUGGUUUGAGUACCCCUCAGUAAUGGUGUGAAUAUUAACGAUUCUGUACGCACACCUUGACUAAAAAGUUGAGAUGUUAUUCGUUAGCCUGCCAUGCAGAGUGUGUCUACUGCGCUAUUUGUGUUUAAUGAAAGAAUUAUAGCUCUCUUGGAGGAAACA